ACUGUCGCGGGCUUUCCGACUCAAAGCAGAGUUUGGCCUAAAGUCAAUACCGACGCUCACUCACUCCGAACUUACAUAUCCAACCGCCCGUCACUCGCUAUUGGCUGUCGUCCUCCCGGAAAGUCUAAAUCCUACAACGAUAGCGUUUCACGAGGGCGGGCUACUCAAAGCGAAUAUGUAAAUUGUUAGUGGAAAAGUUAUUAUCAAUACUCAGUGGCUCGCCAGGCUCGUAAUGAAUAACGCUAUACCAGUACUGUAGCGCCUGACAAGUUACGUAUGGCUCUUCCAACAUUUUCGUUGAUAGCUCUGUGACCGUGUGACUAUAUUACAUAUGUGUGUAAGCCUUCAAAAAAGUCUUCUUAUACUAUGUCAUCUCUUAUGUAAAUUUGCCGUGUGAUGGUGUAUGGUUUGAAAACUUAUUUGUUUUUAUCAUUUGCUGUCAUCUUGAAUACCUAUCGACGCUGCGCGGUCUGUGCUACUGGUAACAUUCGACCCUUAAGGCUACGGGGGCUUUAUGGAAUUUACGAGAUCUUAGAUUACACUCACGGAUUACGAGUGGGAAUAGCAACAUAACUGCUCAUCUCUUCAACAAGUUUCCACUUUGAACGUGAAACAUAAGGAAAGUGUUUUUAUAAGUUCAUUUUUGAAUCUAAUCUUCACCGUUCCAACUUGCUAUUGUCCAUCGUCAACAGAAAAAAAGCCAGUUUCAAUAAAUCUUAACUUUAAGUGGAUGAAUGGAUCAUAAAUGGUGUCUGCAUCAGGAAUGAUAAUCAUCGUCACCAAGAUGCUUGAAAUCGUAGUCUUCUUUCUUGGAUUUUUGUGUUCAGAUAUUUUUGCUACGGAGCCUAGCUUCGACGUUCCGGUAGUCAAUAUCACAGUGGUGGAAGGAAAGACUGCAAUUUUACCAUGCUCCGUUGAACAUUUAGGCAAUCAUAAGGUGGUGUGGACAGAUCAGUGGUCAACUCUGCUUACUUUUGAAAUCCAAAGAAUAAUUGACGAUGACAGGAUCAGCGUGGAGCGGCCAUAUACCAAAGACUGGAACCUUCUUAUUCAUGAAGUGCGAUACUCUGAUAGGGGCCGGUAUACUUGUCAAAUCAACACUGACCCUAUCAAAACCAAAAAUGUUGUAUUAUACGUUUUAGUUGCCCCGCGGAUAGUCGAUGAGGCGUCCACACGUGAGGUUGUAGCUCGUGAAGGCGAUACUGUUACUCUUGUGUGUAACGUAACAGGAGUUCCUCCCCCUACAGUGCAUUGGUACCGCCGACCUCUGGGUCAGAGUCUCGGAGUCAAAGAACGACUGGAAGGACGAGGGCGCUCUUCCAUAGGACCAUGCACUUACAAUCGUUCAGGAGUGGGGAUGAAUGGUGAGAUCUUGAUCAUUUACAACGUCUCGCGGUACUGUGAUGGUAUUUACGAGUGUAUGGCCUUCAAUGAUGUCUCGCCAGCUGUCAACAGGGAGAUCCCAGUAGAAGUUGAAUUUGCCCCCGAGAUAGAGCUUCCAAACAAACGGAUAGGACAGGAGCCAGGACGCGAGACCAUGUUGGAAUGCAUAAUCACAGCCUUUCCUCAAGCUCUAAGUGUGUGGAAGAGACACGGAAAGGAAAUAAAGGACUCUAACAAACAUAGACUAGAAGUCUACAACGAGGGGGACCAUCGAAUAACCCUCAGCCUUAGAAUCAUGGAUAUUGCAACCUCUGAUUAUGGCAACUAUUCGUGUUACGCCUCCAAUAAAUUAGGAUACGACAUGGAAAAUAUGUACAUGUAUGAUCACAAAAAAAGUCUAAGGACAACUACACGUUAUCCUAUUACAACACCAAGAAGGGUCACGACAGGGGGAUCCUACAACUUUGACACCGGCCACAACAACAACAACAAUGGCGGCACUGUUAUAGAAACAAAGGGACCUAACCCAUCCCGAGCAGCUGGUAAUGAUAAAGACACUAUACUUGCCGACAGCCCAUGGAGUAGUGGAAUAACAUGUAAAGGCAGUCUAAUAGUUAUUUGCGAAGGACCGGUGCAAGGUAGAUCGAUGGGAAAUCGCGCUAUAAGGUCAAUCGACUAUGCCUCCUUACCUGUGGUCCUGUGCUGUGCUAUAAUAUUGAACAGAAUUGUGAGAACGUCUUAGCAGAAUGAUAUAAAAAUAAAAAUAAUAAAACCCCAUACUUGUACCAGAGGACACUCACCACUUGCAAUUAACCUAUGGUAACAUGUACCGUGGAAACUGAUCAAGAUGUGAUUUCUUCAACAGAGGGCGCUUUAGAUACUGACUGGCUUAAAGAAGCAGACGGUAGUUCUACAAAUAUAGUGUAUGUUCAUAUAUCAGGCUGUCUCUGUAAUAGGAAAAAACAGUCAUAUACGUAAAACAGCUACAUCUUCCAAAAUGAACAAAAUGUGAUAAUGGUUGGGAUCUGCACCUGCCGAAAGGUCACGGAAGAUGGAUAUAAUGUUAGAAAAUGGAUAUCAUUGCCAGAGGAUAAAUUAAUCAUUUACUUCCGGUUCAUGGAUAUUUGGUAAAAUUAAUGCCUUCACGUUCUGUUUUGUUUUUCAUUGUAACGCCAAAAAUAUUUAUACCUUAAUGUAUUAAGCAUUAGUAUUGGCAUAUACAAAUAUAUGAAAAAGAGUCAGCAUAUUUGACUUUACCACUGGGUUUCUGCUAUUCGUAUGUUCACUGGCAUGUAGCGAUUCAAAAGAUUCAACAAGCUGAAGGAUUUAGAUCAAGCGAUUUCGCUUUUAAAAUCAGAAGUUGUUCUACUCUACGCGUAAUGACGACAUAUUACGCGCUUUAAAUAACGACGAACACAAAUUGACGUUGUUAGAUCAGCCAGAAACGGGUUAACUUCAUGUAGAUGUAGUGUUUCAUGAUAUGAUGUAUGUGUCCAAUAUUGACAGGAAUCUGAUCGAGAUAAAACAAAUGACGGAAACUGAUAUCAAAAGUAAAGUUUAAAUUUGAUUUGAAAAUGAUUGUUAUGCAAUUAAUUUCCGAUUUUAUAUUUCACUCAAAGAUCAUUAUAUACAUUUAAAAUCUGUAUAGUUUAUGUUCAGAUCCAUUUCUUUAGUAUUCAUUCCUUUGAAUCGUCCGUCCUCUCUGCAACACUUGGUGGAAAAAUGAGAUAGAUUAGUAGUAUGACGUCAAAAGCUUCAAAUCUAGAAAACCGAAGCAUAAUUCAAUUCAUAUUUUUCAAAUUCGGUAACAACGUCAUAAACAUGUUUCGAUUAGUUUGUUGGCGUCAACUGAAACGAAAUGACGCCAAGAAAAGGUUAAAAACGGCAAAAUACUAAUUAGCUGUCAUUGGAUAAAUUCAUGAACAGGUGAUAUUGUAUAGGCUUAGAUUUAGAAGAGUGGUUGAUCUUCGGAAAGAAAUACUCUUUUAAUCGAUGGAGUUAUUAAUGAUAUAGAAUAAAGUGUAUAUGUAUCUGAUGGCCUGCGCGACAUGCAAUGUGAAAAUAUGUAUGCUUAUAUUUGAUAGUGAUAAAACAAGGAAUCAUAUUUUCUAGAAGACUGUCAUGUCGAUUAAAUUAUGAACGAGGUAGUAAUUAAAAGCGCUAAUGUCGACCACAUUGAUGUAUUAAAAUAUAUUAUAGAGUCAAUAUUGGGUUUUAGUCAUGUGAAAUAACAAUGUGAUCAUGUAUAAUUAAGUAUGACAGUGUAACGCGAUAACAGUCUGUAUGAAUAACAGCACUAUAUACAUACAUUUAUGUAGGUAUGCGUUUUGAUGACAAAAUAAACAGUAUCAUUCUUACUUUGAAAAUUGGAAAAAAAUCAUGAAUGUUAUAGCUAUUCCAUGUGUUGUAUGCAUGCUUGAGUGUAGCGAAGUGUGGUAGAUCGUGUGAAUGUUACUUAUAUCAUCAGUGUAGACAGUAAUGUCCAACCGCUUCCAGUGUAUCGAAAGUAGAUAUCUGUAAUCAUUCUGUAACAUAACCAUCAACUCGAUAUUUUAUAGUGUGUUUUAUUAGGUAUGAUUAUAGCUUGUAUUUGAGUUAUUUUUGUUUUACAUCCAUGUCACGCACUGAAAAUUUCUCGGCUUAUUGCUUCCAAAUAAAACAUGUUAAAUGAAUGUACUGAGAAGUGUUUUAUCAUAUACAUUUAAGUGAUCACCUGAUAAUCAGUAUUUAAGACAUUUGCAUAUAUGUAUGUAAACAUUUGAACAUAUUUAUCGCAGAAAAAAAAAAGUUUACCAGAGACGCUUGUAAACUACGAGAAUUAUUCUGCGCCAUUUAAUUAUGUACAUAAUUAUUAAUCAUAUUCAUUAACAGUGUACAUUUGCUCAUUGCACCUUCAUCACUUUGCAUGUGUUAUAUGGGUGUGUUUGUUGUAACACACUGGCGAACGUUUUAAGUGUUGAAUGUGAAGAAUAACUGAGUGCAAGAAGUGAGUCAGUGUGACAUUAUAUCCGUUCAUUUAUAAUUAUUAAUGCCGAUGUGGUCAAACGGAGACUGAUGUGGUACAUUAAUAUAAUUGAUAACGAUACUGAUAGUUGUUAAAAUGAACAUGAAUUGUUUAAUGUGCAAUUGUUAAAACCAAAAUUGUAGUUUUGUCAAGAGAUAGUAUUAUGUUUUAUGUGAACGUAUUAAAAAUGAGUCAUAUACCUGGAAAAAGUUGAUAACGUAAAAGUAUUGUCUUUCAAAGGAAUAAUAGCAAUGUUCUCCAGAUAAUAGGUAUCACAAAUAGGCAUACCCUAUGUAAAAUUAUGUGAAUGCAAAACAGACAUAUAACAUUGAUCAUGCUAAAGGUUUAUGUGAAAACAAGGUAUUGUGUUAGGAACUUAAGGAACGAAUAAAUCUGGUGAAUUUAAGCUAAAACGUUAGGCCAAGAAAACUAAAACAUUCAUUUACUGAAAUUAUCUCUACUAGUUUAAAAUGUGCUGUAUUAUGCCUGUACAUCCAUCAACUAUCGCAAAAUUAUGCUUAUCAGGUGACCUAAAACGAAGCCAGAAAAAAUAUAUUUGCAUAAUUGUGCAUUAUGAUACCAAUAUUCAAUAGCGAAUAAAGGCAAUUGGUAGCGGCAUCAUUCAUAGCCGGAGUAUGAUAAUUGAAAACUGUUGUUUGCUGUCGUAUUUUUGUUCAAAUCUAAUAGUAAUAAUCAAAGUGAUUGAGGGUAUUGCUCGUGACGUCAUUCAUAAGUACACUUCAUGGCGAAAUUUAUUUCCAUGAAAAUAAUCAAAUCAAACGUCUCUCUAAUUGUGUAAUCUAAUGUUCUAUUAUACUGUUUCCAUUUCAUGGCCCGAAUAUGAAGCAUGAUCAUGUUACAAAUGAAACGUGACUUACAUCGAUAUCAAAGUCUAAAGUAUAUGAAAGUAUUUAUGCCAGAGUAUCAAAUAUUCUUCAGUAAAACAUACAAUUUAUUUCUUUUUCCCCCUCAAAACCAAUAACUGUUAUUUUUCAUCUAAAUCAACAUCAAUAUGUUUACAUUCAAGAUUCACAAAAACGUGAUAUUUUAGGUUAACGUAAAAGAGUACUUUGCUAUACUGUAUACGAGAUUAUUAUGCUUCAUUUCAAAAGCCUAUAUCGUAAUUAUGGGUUCUCUAUAUUUUGUUUCUUAAGAUUAGCGAACACCAAAGAAUCACUGUAGAUUAUUAUAUGACGUAAAGCAUGACGUCAUACACAGUAAGUACACUGUAUUUUGUGGUCAAUCAUUUGCUGUGUUGAGUGAAGAUUAUAUAUGUACAUGUACAUUCCUUUGCAUGUAGCAUUGACUGAGACAUCUUUACUAUUUCAUAAUAAAAAUAACAAUUAGUUGAUUUCA